AGUGUCAGAUUCCAUGGGGUAACGGCUUGAUCCCACUAGACUGCUCCUCUUCAGAUGCCAAUUGCAAGUAGUAGAUUUCACCUAUACUUCUUAGCAGCUAUAAACUGGGGCUCCCAUUACCCCCUCCUUUGGUCUGAUUAAUUUGCUGAGAAGGCUCACAGACCUCAAGGAAACAUUUACCAGUUUAUUAUAAAGGAUAGUACAAAGGGUACAAAUGAACAGCCAGAUGAAGAGAUGGAUAGGGCAAGGUGUCAGGGGUGCAGAGCUUCCAUAACCUUUCUGGGCAAGACACCCUCCUGGCAUUUCCACAUGUUCAACAACCCUGAAGCUCAUCAACUCCUGUUGUUCGAGCGUUUAUAGAGUUUGAUGUCCAGCUCCUCCCCUCCCCCUUUCCUGGAGGUUGAAGGGUGGGGAUGAAAGUUCCAAUCCUCCAAUCACUUGGUCUCUCUGGUGACUGGCCCCAUCCUGAGGUUAUCUAGGGCCCCCAUCCUAAAUCACCUCCUUAUUAUAAACUCAGGUGUUAUCAAAGAGACCCAUUACGUAUAAACCAGGAAAUUCAAGGGUUUUAGGGGCUGUGUCAGGAACCAGGGACAAAGCCCAAAUAUAUUUCAUAUUAUAAAUAAAUAAUAUGAUAGUUAGCUAUGUCACACCCUCAUCUCAGGAGUCCAUGACGGUGGUAUAAGAUAAAGAAGGUCUUAGCACAUCUAGCUCCGACAAGGCAUUGGAAGUGAGGCUUUAAAGUUUCUGCAGAGUGGAAGGAUUGGGGGUGGGGGUGAGGGAAGAGAUCACCUGUUCCCAAAUCCUUCAAAUAAUCUCUUGUUAUCAGGGAGAUCCUUUGAUAACUUUGGCUUCACUCGGCAACUAGAAUAUUUCAUUUAAAGGUCUGAACAUUGUAAAAUCAAAGUAUGAUACAAACCGUUCUUCAAGACGCUUUCAAAUUGACCCAAGACAUGACCUCAACACCUUAUACGGCGUUCAUAUCUGCUUAAUGUCCCUUUGGAAAAGUUUUCUCUUGUCUCUAAAAGACAACCGCACUUUCCCAAAGCUGUGCUCUUAAGAGUUGGUAAAGGGACAAUUUGGUUUAUCCAAUAAUCAGAUUAAUAAAGGUAUACCAUUUCUAAGGCACGAGAGCAGGAAUCUUAAGCUGAGGUAGCCCUGGGACUAAAUAUGCCAUCCUCUUGUAUCAAGAUGGAGAAGACGGCCGAGGUUCAGGGAAAGAGCCCAGUGGAAGAACCCAACCUAGUGAGAGGAAAACGGGCACCUGGUGAAGGCCCCGGCCUCUACGCUAGGGAUGAGGGGACAGGCCUCUGCCUAGCCUGAGACAGGAGUAGGAAACUGGGGCAUUCACACUUUUAUGUGGCGAUCACAGUUCCCGCAGACUGUAGCAGAGCUGGGGAGCAGGAACCAGAGGUAUAGUCCCACGCCCACCCACUCUCCCCUCCCCUCCCUCCGCGGCCCCGCCUCCAACAAGCCGCUUCCGGUCGCGGGGUGGGGGUGGGGGGUGGGGGGUCGCCUGCGGGCUCCAGCUGCGCCUGCGCAGGAAGGGCGGGUCAGCGCGCCGGCGCAGUGCCGCGGUCACAGGCUGAGUGCUGCGGCGCGAUCCUUGCUUCCCUGAGUGUUGGCCCGGGAGGAAAGAAGAUGGUGCUGGAUCUGGAUUUGUUUCGGGUGGAUAAAGGAGGGGACCCAGCCCUCAUCCGAGAGACGCAGGAGAAGCGCUUCAAGGACCCGGGACUAGUGGACCAGCUGGUGAAGGCAGACAGCGAGUGGCGACGAUGUAGAUUUCGGGCAGACAACUUGAACAAGCUGAAGAACCUAUGCAGCAAGACAAUCGGAGAGAAAAUGAAGAAAAAAGAGCCAGUGGGAGAUGAUGAGUCUGUCCCAGAGAAUGUGCUGAGUUUCGAUGACCUUACUGCAGAUGCUUUAGCUAACCUGAAAGUCUCACAAAUCAAAAAAGUCCGACUCCUCAUUGAUGAAGCCAUCCUGAAGUGUGACGCGGAGCGGAUAAAGUUGGAAGCAGAGCGGUUUGAGAACCUCCGAGAGAUUGGGAACCUUCUGCACCCUUCUGUACCCAUCAGUAACGAUGAGGAUGUGGACAACAAAGUAGAGAGGAUUUGGGGUGAUUGUACAGUCAGGAAGAAGUACUCUCAUGUGGACCUGGUGGUGAUGGUAGAUGGCUUUGAAGGCGAAAAGGGGGCCGUGGUGGCUGGGAGUCGAGGGUACUUCUUGAAGGGGGUCCUGGUGUUCCUGGAACAGGCUCUCAUCCAGUAUGCCCUUCGCACCUUGGGAAGUCGGGGCUACAUUCCCAUUUAUACCCCCUUUUUCAUGAGGAAGGAGGUCAUGCAGGAGGUGGCACAGCUCAGCCAGUUUGAUGAAGAACUUUAUAAGGUGAUUGGCAAAGGCAGUGAAAAGUCUGAUGACAACUCCUAUGAUGAGAAGUACCUGAUUGCCACCUCAGAGCAGCCCAUUGCUGCCCUGCACCGGGAUGAGUGGCUCCGGCCGGAGGACCUGCCCAUCAAGUAUGCUGGCCUGUCUACCUGCUUCCGUCAGGAGGUGGGCUCCCAUGGCCGUGACACCCGUGGCAUCUUCCGAGUCCAUCAGUUUGAGAAGAUUGAACAGUUUGUGUACUCAUCACCCCAUGACAACAAGUCAUGGGAGAUGUUUGAAGAGAUGAUUACCACCGCAGAGGAGUUCUACCAGUCCCUGGGGAUUCCUUACCACAUUGUGAAUAUUGUCUCAGGUUCUUUGAAUCAUGCUGCCAGUAAGAAGCUUGACCUGGAGGCCUGGUUUCCGGGCUCAGGAGCCUUCCGUGAGUUGGUCUCCUGUUCUAAUUGCACGGAUUACCAGGCUCGCCGGCUUCGAAUCCGAUAUGGGCAAACCAAGAAGAUGAUGGACAAGGUGGAGUUUGUCCAUAUGCUCAAUGCUACCAUGUGCGCCACUACCCGCACCAUCUGCGCCAUCCUGGAGAACUACCAGACAGAGAAGGGCAUCACUGUGCCUGAGAAAUUGAAGGAGUUCAUGCCGCCAGGACUGCAAGAACUGAUCCCCUUUGUGAAGCCUGCGCCCAUUGAGCAGGAGCCAUCAAAGAAGCAGAAGAAGCAACAUGAGGGCAGCAAAAAGAAAGCAGCAGCAAGAGACAUCACCCUAGAAAACAGGCUGCAGAACAUGGAGGUCACCGAUGCUUGAAUAUUCCUGCCUCCCUAUUUGCCAGGCUUUCAUUUCUGUCCGCUGAGAUCUCAGAGCCUGCCCAACAGCAGGGAAGCCAAGCACCCAUUCAUCCCCCUGCCCCCAUCUGACUGCGUAGCUGAGAGGGGAACAGUGCCAUGUACCACACAGAUGUUCCUGUCUCCUCGCAUGGGCAUAGGGACCCAUCAUUGAUGACUGAUGAAACCGUGUAAUAAAGCGUCUCUGGGGAAGGCUUAGGACUCUUCCUCAGUCUUCUUCCCCGGGCUUGAACCCCG